AUGCGGGUGCGGCACCUCCACAGCUUCCUGCAGGAGCGGCAGCUGCUGCAGUGCAGCAGCACGGAAGAACUUGUGGGGCGGCGGCUGGGGAUAGACGGGGCCUACUUUCUGCGGUGUCUGUCCACCUGCGGGGAGGGUUUGCUGCAGCUGGCGGGGGAGACGCGUGCUGCAGUUGCUGCUGCUGCGCGGCAGCAGCUGCAGCAGCUGCAGCAGCAGCAAAUAACUCCCGUCUUCGUCUUCCGCGGCGUCGAGCCGCAGGGCCACCGGCUCUUCAUGCAGCAGGAGUCGCAGCGGGAGGUGUGGGAGCGUUACUACAGUGGGGGCGCAGCAGCAGCAGCAGCAGCAGCAGCAGCAGCGGCGGCGAACUGCUGCUGCAGCAGCCCGGCGCCCUCCACGGCGACGGGCCCCAGCACGGCGUCGGGGGGCACGCCGGCGAGCAGCAACGGCAGCAGCAGCAGCCCCGCGCCGAGCAGCAGCAGCAGCAGCAGCGCAGCGGGGGGCGCGGGCAGCCUGGGGGGCUGCAGCUGCAGCAGCAGCCGGGGCAGCAGCAGCGGCGAGCUGGAGAGCUUCCUGCUGCAGCUGCUGCAGCAGGAGGGGCAGGAAGUGCUGCGGGCCCCGUACCUCGCGCUGCCGCAGCUGGCCUACCUGCUGCAGCAAAGCCACGUAGAUGCUGCUUUGCUUCCUGUGGCUCUCCCGGGGGCCCCUGCUGCUGGCCCUCGGGGUGUCUGCUGA